GUAAAAGUAAAAAAAAAGUGAGAGAAAUAAGUAGAGCUGGGGUUUAAAAACCCUAAACAACCACAACCACCGUCCUCAGUCGCAUAACCACCAUGUCAGAGCGUGACCGCCGCGAACGCGAACGAGAGAGGGAUAGAUACCCUGAACGCGACCGCGAUAGACGCCGCGACAGAGACGACCGUGAUCGUGACCGUGACCGUGACAGAGCGCUUCGAAGCAAAAAAUCCCGAUCUCGUACUCCAGACCACCACCACGCUCGUCCUCCUCGCCACGCGCGCUCUCCAGAGAGAUACCGAUCUCGCUCCCGCUCAAUUGACCGUCACCGCCACCACAGCAGGCGGAGGACUCCCUCUCCCGAUCCUCCCCCGUCGCGGAAACGACCUCGCCACGGCUCAGCGGAGGACGACAAGGAGAGGAGCCGCAAACGAGAUGCUGCGUCUGAGUCCGAGAUUGCGAAGGAGGAAGGUAAGAAGAAGAAGGAGAAAGAACCAAGCGGCGGAGGAGAGACAACGGAGGAAGGAAUGGAUGUGAAUGAGAUUGAGAUGAUGAAGAUGUUAGGGAUCCCUACGGGAUUUGACUCCACGAAAGGGAAGCAUGUGGAAGGCGCUGACGUCAGCGGGAUUAGGGCUGUUACUAAGCGGCAGCCGAGGCAGUAUAUGAACCGUCGCGGCGGGUUUAACCGUCCUUUGCCUGCUGAGCGUAACCGCUAAAGGUCCUUGUCAUGCUGUCUUUGAACACGAGUCAGAUGAUGAGAAUUCGAGCUGCAUUUCCCAGGUUGUAUUUACUGCAAUUCUUCCCCAGACUCUGUUCUAAUGUCCUUAGAGAACAAACAUGUACUCUCUACUGGAGUUAAAACAUCUCAUGAGUUAUCUCUUUUCAGGGGUUUAGAGUUGUGAAUGUUAUGUGAGUAAUCUCCCGGCUCUAACUUUUAAACUAUGAUUAAGUUGAAAUCAUGCAUGUUCAUUCUGAGUUUUGCACUACACAUUAGAAGCCAAGUGGUGUUGAUUCCAAAUUAUCCUUAUGUUUUAGGAUAUUAAGCUAACUGAUUAAAAUUCCGAUUUUGAAAAGAUUUAAUGCCAGAGCUUGAGGCAGAUUCCACCAGGUACAACACCAGUUCUUGAUGAUCACUUGCUGAGUAUGCAUUCUGAUAAUGCAACCACAAGCUGUUGUCCCAAAGAAGGCAGAUAUUCCAUGAACGUCGGAACAAAAAGCUUCACAACUCGUAACUUCCCGAUGAGUAGUUUUCAAGUUAUACCAUGUCAAGAACAUUCCCUCAAAACUCGUGUAAACAUCUAAAGGUCUUCACAAUAUGAUUUCUUGGACUAAAUAUUCUAGAACGGAUUGGUAAAAGCAAGUAAGAAUGUAAGUAAAAGAUUAUUUUGUUAGAAUACAUAAACGAGAGUGAUUUGA